AUGACCGACGAACAACCCCGUGGCAUCGACCACACUGAUUCCCUCGACUCCAAUGAUGGCCCGAAGCAGCCGGACAAGAAGAAGAGUCGCCGCCCUGCGAAUACUGCCUUUAGACAACAGCGUUUAAAGGCCUGGCAGCCUAUUCUCACACCAAAGACCGUCCUUCCUCUUUUCUUCGCCAUCGGAAUCAUAUUCGCUCCCAUCGGUGGCCUGUUGUUGUACGCGAGCGCUCAGGUUCAAGAGAUUCGACUUGAUUACACCAACUGUGUUGUCGAUGCUCCGGAUAUGAGCCGCGGUGGAAGUAACUUUACCGGAAUGCCUAGCAGCGCCGUUAGCACUGCAUUCAAGAGUUCCAACAGUUCCGUGAAUGCUCAAUGGGCGCGGGAGGCGAACGUCAGCACCACGCUCGACAACGGCGUCGAAACUUACAACCCUCGAUGCCACCUGAAGUUUACCAUCCCUGAGGAGAUGGGCCCCCCAGUCCUCUUCUACUACCACCUCACCAACUUCUACCAGAACCAUCGCCGAUACGUUCUCUCUUUCGAUUCGGAUCAGCUCAAGGGCGAAAAGCGAUCUAUCAGCGACAUCCGCAAUUCCGACUGUACUCCUCUUUAUGGCGAAGGAAGCAAGCCCUACUACCCUUGUGGUCUCAUCGCCAACUCCAUGUUCAACGACACUUUCUCCAGCCCUGUGCUCACAAACCCCGCGGGCGGUACUGGCAACGAGACAUGGGAGUACCGUAUGAGCAACAACUCGGGCAUUUCUUGGGACAGUGACAAGGACCUUUACGGAGAGACUAAGUAUAGCUACGACGAAAUCGUCCCGCCUCCCAACUGGCAGAAGCGCUUCCCUGAUGGAUACACCAAGGACACUCCCCCUCCGGACCUGAAGAAUUGGGAGGCUUUCCAGGUCUGGAUGCGAACUGCGGGUCUCCCCACCUUCAGCAAGUUGUAUCAGCGCAACAACACUCAAGCUAUGUGGGCAGGAACUUAUGAUCUUAUCAUCGAUGACCAUUUCCCAACUCGGGAGUACAAGGGUACCAAGUCCAUCAUUAUCUCUACCCGAACCGUUGUCGGAGGACGCAACCCCUUCCUCGGUAUAGCUUACGUUGUUGUUGGUGGUGUUUGCAUUCUUCUUGGUACUGUAUUCACGGUCACUCACCUUAUCCGACCCAGAAAAUUGGGUGAUCACACUUAUCUUUCGUGGAACAAUGCCCCUGGCGCUAAGUCUGGGGGCCCCAGUACAGCCGUGGCUUCGGGUCGCGAACUCCGUCCUGGCGAGGCCUAG